GCAGUGAGUUGCGGCUGCUGUCUGCAGGAAGUGAAGAAGUCACUACUCCAAACCGCUCCAAACCUCAAAACUCAUUUGGAUAAGCCAGCCAAACAAACGAGAUACUUAUGACUUAUUUAAGUGACCAUGGAGGGGGAUGAAAUAGAAAUGUGCAAGGAGGAGCUCCAAACGUGGAUAAGAGAGAUGGUGAAGAAGCAGCUGAUCUCUACAGGUCUGGUAGAGAAAUGCAGUCUGCUGGAGUCUCUACUGAAAAGAAAGAAAGAACAGGCUUCCAAAAUCCUGAAGCUCUGCAAGUCUGUGGCAGCAUGUGAAGAACUCUUGAAGAAACAAUACACUUUAUUGGGAUUGGAGUACAAAGACACAGAUUCUGAAGAUGAUGAUGAUAAAACCAAAAGAGUUGGAAAUACAUCUCAACCGCAAAUAGAGUGUGUUCAGUUAAAAAAUCAAGCCCCUGCCUCUCCGACGACUAUACCUUUGAUACUAAAGCUUGAGGACAGUGAGAACCUUCAUUUUAGUGGCGGUAAAAGUUUCAAGAGAAAACCAGUGGUAGUCUUGACCAGACUUUCUAGUUGUAAGCGCCGGUCUUUACGAUCACCAACAGCUCAGAGUAAAAUCAGUGAGACUGAAUCGGUCAGUGAUGUUGGUUCUGAUCCCCAGUGGGAACCAGAAGAUGGUUCAUGUGACUCUGAUUACUCCAUCUCAAGUGAUAACCAUAGGGGGAAAAAGAGGAGAAAAAUAGAUCAGAGAGAUAAAAAAUGUGAUGCAAGACGUGAAAAACAGAACACCAGAACGAGUAAGGUUGGCAAGAGCAGCACAAAAUCGACACCCCAAGCCAGUAAAAACAGCAAAGCUAAGGACAAUGUAGAGAAACCAUCCACAUCCUCAGCUGGUCCAACUGUUUCCAAGGAGAUCACCACAGAGAGAACAUCGGCAUCCUCAGCUGAUGAAACUGUUAACAAGAAGAGCAACACAAAGACGACUUCGAUAUCCUCAGCAGACACAAAUGGUGAAACCCGUUCAAACAAAACAUCUCUUAACCCAUCAUUGGCUAAAGCCUCAAAAACUCCUGCAAGUGUUCCACAAGUAGAGCUCAGUGUAGAUAUGGAUGUCCUGGUUAGAAAGAAGGACAUUAACUGGCUGCCGGCAAAAAUCUUGGAGAUAAUACCUCAAGGUGAUAGAAUAAGAUACAAGGUCUGUUUUAAAUACAAGAAGAAGAAGAAGAUUGUCUCCGCUCACCACAUCGCCUUUGCCUGCACGCCAAACGUGGAUCAGCUGAGUGUUGGUUGUCGAGUGGUGGUCAAGUGUGCAGCUGACCCGCACAUGUUCUCCCCCGGUAUCCUGGCAGAGGUGCCCUGCAGGAGAAAUCGUAUGAGAUUCCUGGUCUUUACUGAUGAUCACAAGGCCAGUUAUGUUGGCUUACCUCAAUUACACCAGGUGUUCAGACCAUUGAAAAACCCCUUGGAUGAUAUUCCAGAUGGUGCCCACAAAGAUUUCAUUAAGGAGUAUUUAGAGACAUGGCCUCACCCGCACCAGACGUCAUACAUGAUUGGACAGAUUCUUCAUGCAGAAUAUGAAGACGUCCAGCAGAAGUGUGAAGUGGUGGAGAUUGAUUGCAGUGUGAUAUGGGUUGUUUUUCAGAAAGAUAAACAUAAGGAGUCCAUGUAUCGAGGCUCCAUGCGACUGCAAAACAUGAGCAGAUUAAAGAAACACUAGCAGUCAAACAAGGAGAAAAAUUCAACCUCAAUGAAAGAAUAAUCAAAAUCCACAAAUUGAUGGGACCGCAGGCAUGUCAAGAAAACUGGAUGCUGCGCUCCAACACUUGUACCUGAAGUACUCAGUGGAAGUUAAUCACCAACUGUAUUUGCUAAGAGUAUUUAAUCGGGUUUCACAGUUUAGUCCAUCCACAUAAGACAUCUGGACACCAUGCUGAAGAUUUCCUCUGAGCCCAACAUUGCAAUGAGACUAAAAUGAAAGCUGAAAGUGGUUCUAUACUGUUUAUAAACUUGUUUUAAUAUGAAUUGUGUUUGUGCUCUUAAAUAAAUUGUUUUGUUCUCAA